AUGACAAACAAAUUUGCUUUUAUCAUAAUUGCAAUCAUAAAGAUGUGUACUGAAUUUAGCCAGACUGUAACUUGUUUUCCGCCUCAAGUAGUAUUUGGUUGUUUAGAACAGUCAAGAUGUUUUUCUGAGACAUUUUUAAGAUUCUCGUUUGGAAGACAAAUAAAACUUGAUAUAAUGGAAAAAAUAGUGAGAUAUCUAUGUUUCUUAUUACUAUGUGUUCCAAUUAUGGAGGCAAAACGCUUAAAAGAUAGAUUUGAUAUCAUGGAAAAACGAAUGGAUGUUGUUGAAAUACAAAUAAAUGCUGAUAGGGAACUUAAAAAAACGUGUGUGUCACUACAACAAAACUUCGAGGAACUUAGUGCUUCUGUGAUUAAUCUUAAGGAUGAAGUGGCUCUUAAAAUGGGGAAACAGACAGGAAAAGAGAUGAAAACAGUUUCUGAAGAAACUGAUGAUAUCUGCAAGGCCAGCCGAAUGCUUGCUUCAUUGGGGAUUGAAAGGGAGAAGAAGUGGCUACGAGAUCAAGUAGAAACGCUUACACAUCUGAUGAAUGAACAAAAUAUCAGGAUAGAUGCAAAACUGAAUCUGCUAGGUAGUUGUGAAGACAAGGCAUCUGAUUUAGAGAUUAUUUUGGCUAAUAUUAAUAAAACUGUUCAAACAGAGCUUCGCAAAAUGAAUGAAUCAAUAACCAGGAAUAUAAAAUUAAUAGAUCAUCUUAUAUAUCUCAAAAUUCAGAGAACCGAAAUGACCAUAAAUGCACAGAAUCAAGAGAUUGAAAAUCUGAAAGAAAUAUUAGUCGCUAGUAGUAACGUUAAUUCUACAACGUCAGCUACAUUAUCAUGUCUGCCAGACUGGACACAAUUCUCAUCUCACUGUUACUUGCUCGUGAAGGAAAAAAAGUCAUUCUUUGCUGCAAGCGCCCGCUGCCAUCUCCUAGGAGCAACGUUAGCUGACUUUGAAAGCCGUGAAGCUAGCGCUUUUAUCGUUGAUAAAUAUCAAAUCCAGCAAGACUUUUGGAUUGGUUAUUCCGAUGAGAAGCAAGAAACUAAGUGGAUUUCUGAAAGAACCGGACAACCGGCACAAUACAUAAACUUUGCAGACGGACAACCAAAUGGAGGUAUUGAUCAGAAUUGUGUUGGGUUUGGUGUUGGGAGCCCUUACGAUGAAUGGUAUGACUUGCCAUGUGAAGACGAGCAUCCAUAUUUUUGUAAAAAAGGCGCGACGAUAGUUAGAAGUUGAAGCAAGUUUAGUCGAGUGCCCUCCUAAUAGAGUGCCGUUUGUUUCUAACAAAAGGCCGAUACACUAAUUAGAAUAGAUAGAGUGGUCCAGAUGUAUUUUAACGUCAUUAAUGUCAUUUUCCAUUUUAAUCUUUUGGUUUAAUAAUUAUAUAAAACGAUUAAACCAAAAGUAAUAUUUUAACUUUUAAUUAGAAAAUCUGAAGACCGCUUUAAAAAUAUGUAAUGAUCGAAAAAGUACAGCAAUCAUGACAAAAAGUAUAUGCUAUACUGUAUCAAUAUAUAAUAUGUAAAAUUUAAUUUUACCUAUCCCUGUCUUACGGACCCCACAUGAUUACUUCUGUUAAUUGUGUGUCCGUUCAUUUAUCAGAGCCUCUUAAAAUUCGGAUAGUUUCCGAUAAAGCAAUGCUUGCUCUGGCACGCACCUGAUCCACUCAUUAUUCCAAAGAUCUUUUUUUUUACUUGUUUUGUACUAAAGGUAUCAGAUGUCUAUUGCAAAAUGUCCAUUCUAAAAGGUAUUCAUUUUAAUUGAGGACACUGGGUUCAAACCCUAGAAGAGGCAAUUUGUUUUCAAGUUUUGUCUUUUUUCUUCUUAUUAAAAAAAGUUUUUACCUUGGCCAGAUAUUCUUUUCUUAUCUUUAUUUAGAAUCUCAAAUUAAGAAUAAAUUCAAAUUUGAUGAACCUUUAACUUUUUACAGUAAAUUGUGUGAAAUUGGAUAGAAUAACAACUUAAAAUGAUGAUAGUUUGAAAUUUGCAUGGUAAAGUAUCUUUAUAUUUUUCACAAAUGUUUAGAUAUAUAUCAAAAGAAUCAUUAUUAAAUAAUAUUUUGAUGCCCCGAUUUUAUAUGACAAAAUUUUAUAGGUUUUUCUACCCCACCGUCUUCUUAUUUGAUGUAAAAUGAAAAGUGCCUGUCUCAAUAAUGCAAGAAGAAUUUUUUUCAUUGGCUUUAUUUGUAGUAAUUAAAACAUUAUGGAUCAUCAUGAGUACUUUUCAACUAACA